UCCCCUUGCAUAAAAACCAACCCACAAGCAAAGUCUUUUGGUCCAUCUUUACAUCUAUUUCUGUAUCACAAUUAGUGGUAGCCUUCCAUCAAAUCUUUUCACCACCAUUCACCAUAUAUUGCUCAAUCCCUUAGUUUUGGAACUUUAAAAGAGCCAACUCUAAAGUCUAAAUGGCAGCUGGUGGUUUCCUACUUGCUUUGCUUUUGCUUUCUUGCUUAGCAGCCUCUUCCAAUGGUGUCACCUUCUCUUCCCUUCAGAGAACUCUUAUUGUCAGAGCUUCUCCUACACAAGGACAAGUUCUAAAAGCUGGGGAAGACAAAAUCACGGUGACUUGGUCAUACAACAACACCUUUCCACCUGGGACAGACUCAACUUACAAGACUAUUAAGGUAAAGCUGUGCUAUGCACCUAUCAGCCAGGUAGAUCGUGCAUGGAGGAAAACUGUGGAUGAUUUGGCUAAGGACAAGACUUGCCAAUUCAAGAUUGUUGCCAAGCCAUACAGUGCCUCUAACAGCACCAUCACUUGGACAAUAGAGAGGGAUACACCCACCGCUACAUAUUUCCUCAGAGCCUACGCAUUCAACUCUGCAGAGGAAGAGGUCGCUUUUGGCCAAACCACAGAUGCACACAAGACUACAAACUUGUUUCAGGUUGAGGCAAUUUCCGGGCGCCAUGCGUCGCUAGAUAUUGCUGCCAUCUGUUUCUCUUCUUUCUCUGUCUUGUCCCUCUUUGGAUUCUUUUUCAUUGAGAAGAGAAAAGGCAAAGCAUCCCGACAAAAGUGAGUUAAAAAACUUUUGUGGUUUUCAGAUCAUGGGCUAAUUAUUGUAGUUUGAUGUUCAUGUUUUGAAACCUUUGGCGUCUAGCAGAAUUAACUACUUUUUUAACUGCGUGAUGCCUAUGCAAUAGUUAAAGGAUCUUGGGUGAGUGGGGAACAUCAAAUUUCAAAGUGAGUGGGACAAGGAUCGGCAAAAGGAAAUGCUUGACAGGCAUAUGUCAUAUGUGUCAAUACAGUGUAAUUGCUAUAUGGGGAUCAACGAAGUUCGUCAGGUACUGAAACAGUCAAGAUUUGGCUAAUGGGGAGGAUUUGGUGAAUAAUUUUGGUGUUUUAUUUGGUUCUCUUGUUUUA